GAGAAAGAGGGGAUCGGAUUGAAAACAGAUCAGUUUGAAGAUCUCACCACCGCAUGUCUAGAACAACUGUCGAUUAAAAUCUAGUUUUAGUUUACAUUUUCAGCCACGUAUUCUGGCGAAAACAUGUCAUGCGCUUUCUUAUGUAAAAACUCAAAGGUGAGUGAGAAAACGUUACCGCUUGAAGAUGAUGGAUUGUAAAAGUUAGAUGCGAGUAAUUGCGCUCCUCCGUGUUAAAUGAGUUAUCCGAGGGAUGCCGUGUUCCGAACUUUGAAUAGACUUUCAAACUUUUCUUAAAGUACAUAACCGGCCUCGCCUGUUUUCAUUGAAAAAGUACACUUAAGCCUAAUUCUCGAAAUACUUGCAGAGUCGUCGGACAAAGUGAGAGAAAAGAAAACAGCAUCGGGGUCUAAAGAGAAACUAUUCAAGGUUGACUCGGACUCCCUGCUGUCCACCAUGGAGACCUCUACCCUUACAGCCACUGAGAAGAAGGAGCACACAGGAUCAGGUCUGGAUGGAGGCAGCUUCUCAGACCUGCCAAAGAAACCGUCUCCUACUACAGUUACCAGAGGUCCUCACCAUCUCUUCCCCACGUUUCACACACCAAUCCCGAUCGACAUGCGUCACCAUGAGGGGAGGUACCAUUACGAGCCACACCCCCUCCACACCAUGCAUGGACCUCAAGGCCUAGCCAGCAGCCCAGUCAUCUCAGACUGCAUCUCUCUGAUCCGUCUGUCCCCUCAGGCAGCAGGGACGGGGGAGUCCCCCUUCAGCCCCCCUCACCCCUACAUCAACCCCCACAUGGAGCACUACCUCCGCUCCAUGCACAGCAGCCCUACCCUAUCCAUGAUCUCAGCUGCCCGUGGACUCAGCCCCGCAGAAGUGACCCAUGAGCACCUGAAGGAGCGUGGUCUGUUCAGCCUGCCCCCUCCCCCUCCAGGGGCCAACCCUACACAGUACUACCACCUCAUGGCCAGUGGCAGAAGCACCUACGGAGACCUCCUCUUGCAGACCGGGGCGGCCGCGGCAGCAGCAGCCGCAGCAGCACACCUGCCCGACUACAUCAGCCCUGUGGACGUGUCCAGGUUCUCCAGCCCCAGACUGACCCCCAGGCUGAACAGGAAGCGAGCCCUGUCCAUCUCCCCUCUCUCAGACGCCAGCAUCGACCUGCAGACCAUGAUCCGUACCUCGCCCAACUCUCUGGUGGCUUACAUCAACAACUCACGCUCCAGCUCUGCAGCCAGCAGCUCCUACGGACACCUGUCAGUUAGCGGCAUCAGUCCGUCGUUCACCUUCCCCCACUCCAUCAACCCCAUGGCAUACCAGCAGCUGUUCAACCAACAGAGAGGCCUGAGUGCGUUCGGCCAUACCCCUCCCCUCAUCCAGCCCUCGCCCUCCUUCGCUGCCCGCCAGCAUGCCCACGCCAUUGCAGCCUCCGCCCUCAACACCACCCACAACACCUCCAGCUCUGAGUCCAACCAGAAUGCUGGUAGCGACCCGGCGGUGAGCAGCACAGUCAACCCCAUGAUCACCAAGAGGCACAAGGUCAAGACAGAAGCAGAGGGACCCCAGUCCAUAUCACCGUGCUCUCAGGAGCAUGUUCUGGACCUGAGUGAGGAGCGGGAUAAAGAUGAGUGGAAGCAGGAGCCAGAGGCUGUCUACGAGACCAACUGUCACUGGGACGGCUGCACCAAGGAGUACGACACUCAGGACCAGCUCGUUCACCACAUCAACAACGACCACAUCCAUGGGGAGAAGAAAGAGUUUGUGUGCCGUUGGGAUGAGUGCUCGAGAGAACAGAAGCCCUUCAAAGCUCAGUACAUGCUGGUGGUCCACAUGAGGAGACACACUGGGGAGAAGCCACACAAAUGCACAUUUGAAGGUUGCUGUAAGGCCUACUCUCGCCUGGAGAACCUGAAGACCCACCUGAGGUCGCACACAGGGGAGAAGCCGUACGUCUGUGAACAUGAGGGCUGCAACAAAGCCUUCUCAAACGCCUCAGACAGAGCCAAGCACCAGAACCGCACACACUCCAAUGAGAAACCCUACAUCUGUAAGAUCCCUGGGUGCACUAAACGCUACACAGACCCCAGCUCUCUCAGGAAGCAUGUGAAGACUGUUCACGGACCAGAGGCCCACGUCACCAAGAAACAACGUGGCGAUGUGCCUCCCAGGGGUCCUCCCAAGGGAAAUGGAGAGAACGAGGCAAAUGCCAAACAGAGUGAUAGAGGGAUGGAUGGAAAGAUGGAGGCCAACAGCAUUACUAGAGGAGUGGAGGACUGCCUGCAGGUCAAGUCAAUCAAGACCGAGAACUCGGUGACGUAUCAAUCCAGCCCUGGCGGUCACUCGUCAUGUAGCAGUGAGCCAUCGCCACUUGGCAGUGCCCACAACAAUGACAGUGGAGUAGAGAUGGCCCUGCACAGCGGGGGAAGCUUUGGGGAGCUGAGUGCACUGGAUGACGCUCCCAUGGUGGACUCCUCCACCCUCUCCCAUGGCAACUCAGCAGGGGUGGGGCUUGGGCUCCGUAAAGGGGGAGGAGUCACCAUCAAGCUGGAGAACAUCAAGAAGGAGAGGCUGAAGAAUGUGAGGGAUUCGUGUCCCUGGGCCAACUCUGGUCCACAGAUCCGGAACACCAACACCAAGCUGCCUCCUAUUCCUGCUGUUGGUUCCCUUCUGGAGAACUCCAAUAUGAUCGCUUCACCCGGGCCCUACCCUGGUCAGCGUCUUGGUGACCUGUCAUCAUGCGAGGUGACCAUGCUAAACCAGCUGAAUGAGCAGGGCCGCCGGUACAGCAACACCAGCACUGCCAGUUCAGCCUACACCAGCCGCCGCUCCUCGGGCAUCUCCCCCUGCUACUCCAGCCGCCGCUCUUCCGAAGCUUCGCAGUUCAGCAACCGCCACAACAACAUCAGUUCAGCCGACUCCUACGACCCCAUCUCCACAGACCUGUCCCGGAGAUCCAGCGAGGCCAGCCAGUGUGGAGGGGGUGGUGGAAACGGCCCUAGUUUGCUCAGCCUCACCCCGGCUCAGCACUACCAUCUUAAGGCCAAGUAUGCUGCCGCAACCGGGGGAGCUCCACCCACACCUCUGCCCAACAUGGAGCGCAUGAGCCUCAGGACCAGGAUGGCCCUGUACGGGGACCACUCCCAGGAGAGGGAGAGCUCCUCCAAUUCCAACCUGUUCCAGCCCCCUGCUGGAGCAGUGCCCAGACGCUGCAGCGACAUUGGCUACAGUAACCAUAGUAUGAUGCCCCACGAGGUCCCUGGUAACCUGCCACGGCGAGCCAGCGAUCCCGUCCGCAGACCUACCUUGGACCCACUGUCCCUUCCCAGGGUCCAGCGCUACAACAGCAUGAACAGUAUGAACCCCAACUCCAUGAUGCCGCCUCCCUCUACUGAUCGCCGGGGCCUGGCCAUGCAGGGCUACACACGAUCCGACGGAAGUCUGCACCGCCACCCUUUCGCCCCGCGGCCCCCCAGCAUCUCAGAGAAUGUGGUGAUGGAGACCAUGGCUGUGGACGGGCUGGACCAUGCAGGGGACGAGGACAUGGUGCUGCCUGAUGAUGUCGUACAGUAUCUCAGGUCUCAGAACACUGGCGCCGGCCAAUCAGCAGGCCCCGUCGACUACACCAACAGCCAAUCACUCGGCUUCCAGGUCCAAGGGAAUAUGACCUCCUCCCAGCAGCCCCAGCAGCAGUUCUAUGGGCAAAGGAGGAUGGCCAUGGUGGAUACCAACAUGCCCCUGUCUGAGUCAAGCCAGGCCCCCCUAACGCUCUACAAGAUGAGCCCUGGUUCUGGAUCACAGCAACAGCCGUACCCAACCUCACCCCGUAUGAACAACAAAAACAACAUGCCAGUGCAGUGGAAUGAGGUCAGCUCAGGGACUGUGGACACCACAGGCACCUCUAGACUCACCAAGCAGAACCUCCUCAGAAACAACAACCUGGCAGUGGUUCAGCAGAGACAGAACUGUGGGCCUUUCCAGGGUAGUAUGGGUAGUAACAGUAACCAGCAGGUGAUGCCUAUGAGCCAGAACAUGGAGCUACAAGGCUACACUCAGAGAAGCAACAACUCUGUCCAACAGCAACAGAGGCAGCCAUGCAGCAUGAAUUAUACUGAUCAGAUGAGUCCCCAGCAGGGAUACGGCCAAGACAUUGUCCCCAUCCCUAACUCUGGAUCUGGGAAUGGCAGCCUACGACCCAACUACAACGGCAUGGCACUGCCCAAUGGCAGAGUAAUGGCAACACAUAAUCCAGAUAUUCAAAACUACAGAUCAAGGACUCAGGUUGAAAGCUAUCCCCCUCACAUGAAUCAGGUUGAGCAGCUGAACUACAGUAGUACGCCUCAGCAGCAAGCCGUCCAUACUGGGACCAGAGAUGGGAUGCAGCCCAGGCUUCCCAUGGAGACCAAGUCUAUGUCCAGACAACAUGUAAGAUCCAGCAGUACGAUGCAGAACCGUUUCCUUCAGUCUGACUUCAAUCACAACACCUCUGAGGCCAGUCCAAAGAAGCCAGGCCGCACCGCAGUACAUAACGGCGGACAAAAGGGAAACUGCAACUCUAACGCUCCAAUGUUAUACACUGGCCAGAUACACAUGUUCGAGUCCAACAACAACCUGAGUUUCCACUCCCCCAUGUCCCCCUGCACACCCCAGGCACUGGUAGGCACUGCUAUUACCAUGGCAUCCCCAGGGAUCAACCAGGUCACCAGCACCGUGGACUCCUCUGGUGUGGAGCACGCCCAGAUUGACUUUGAUGCCAUGUUGGAUGAUGGUGACCACUCCAGCCUGAUGUCGGGGACCCUCAGCCCCGGGCUCCUCACAAGUCUGUCCCAGAACUCCUCCAGGCUCACCACCCCCCGUAGCUCUGUGACCCUGGCCUCUGUGCCAGCAGGGAUCGGUAACAUGGCCAUCGGCGAUAUGAACUCCAUGUUGACCGCCCUGGCUGAGGAGAGUAAGUUCCUCAACAUGAUGAGCUAACGCCUUGGCUGCAUCGCAAUAGUUUUUCUCCCAAAGUGUUCACGUGUUCACUUCCCUUCAUGAAUUUCAAAGGAAAUGAUUGGUGAAUGGAAACUUCCCCUGGCCCAUGCCUACACCAAUCCAAUGUUUUUACAUUUGUGGGGAGUAGUGCACACUUCAGGAGGAAGGAGAGAUUAUUGGGACGCCCCCCUUGUAUAUUCAGACCAUUUCAAGAAAGCAUCAGGAAAAUUGUACUAUAAAAGCUCUGAUUAUAUGUAACAAUACCUUAUGGAAAUAGUUACUUAUCAGGAGAAUGUCGAUCUCCACCGGCCUGAAAAGAGACUUUGCUUAUCCAGUUAUAUGUAAUAUUUGCUCAAGUACAUUUUAAGUAAUGUUUAUGUUGAUAAAGUAAGUGUAGUAAAGACAUAAGGGGUAUUUGUAUCACUGUUUUAAAAAGCCAUACUUUGUAUCUACGAAUAAAAAUAGACAAUGGUAUAAAAAUA